UACUGCUCAAAGACUGACAAACUCAUUUUAAUAAUAAGAAACAUCAGCAUGUACUCAACUAAAAGCGAGGGACCGCGCAGAGGAAGAUCUUUUGACUCCAUGAACAUUGGUCUGACAUUGGAAGAGAAGCAACUUAACAAUGAGAUGAACAAAUCUGCCUUUCCAAAGAUCGAGGAGAAUAAAGACAACAAAACCGCGUCUACAGAGAGGGGCCGGGCUGCUCUUGUGUUCUCUUUGAAGAAUGAAGUCGGUGGGCUUGUCAAGGCACUAAAACUUUUCCAGGAAAACCACGUCAACCUCGUCCACAUCGAGUCCAGAAAAUCCAAACGGCGCAACUCUGAGUUCGAGAUCUUCGUAGACUGUGACAGCAACCGCGAGCAACUGCACGAGAUCAUUCAGCUGCUGAGGAAACACGUGAACGUGCUCGAGAUGGACGCACCUGACAACCGUCUGCCUGAAGAAAGCGAGAUGGAGAACGUGCCGUGGUUCCCGAAGAAGAUUUCAGAUCUGGAUAAAUGUGCGAACCGUGUGCUGAUGUAUGGAUCUGACUUGGAUGCGGAUCAUCCAGGAUUCAAGGACAACGUCUAUCGCAAAAGGAGAAAGUAUUUUGCAGACUUGGCUAUGAGCUACAAACAUGGAGAUCCUAUUCCCCGUAUAGAGUUUACAGAGGAGGAAGUGAAAACAUGGGGAGUGGUGUUCAGGGAGCUGAAUAAACUCUACCCCUCACAUGCCUGCCGCGAGUACCUGAAGAACCUGCCCUUGCUCAUCAAACACUGUGACAUCCGCGAGGACAACAUCCCACAGCUGGAGGAUGUCUCGCGCUUCCUCAAAGAGCGCACCGGCUUCACCAUCAGGCCUGUGGCUGGGUAUCUCUCCCCACGAGACUUCCUGGCAGGUCUGGCCUUCCGUGUGUUUCACUGCACUCAGUAUGUCCGACACAGAUCAGACCCCCUUUACACACCUGAGCCAGACACAUGUCAUGAGCUGCUUGGACACGUCCCUCUCUUGGCCGAGCCAAGCUUUGCUCAGUUCAGUCAGGAGAUUGGUCUCUCGUCACUGGGAGCAUCGGAUGACUCUGUACAGAAACUCGCCACUUGUUAUUUCUUCACUGUGGAGUUUGGCCUCUGUAAGCAGGAAGGGAAACUGAGAGCUUAUGGGGCCGGUCUGCUGUCCUCUAUCAGUGAGCUGAAGCAUGCACUGUCAGGAAAUGCCAGGAUCUUGCCCUUUGACCCCAAUGUGACAUGCAAACAGGAGUGCAUCAUCACCACCUUUCAGGAUGUCUACUUUAUUUCAGACACCUUUGAGGAAGCAAAAGUCAAAAUGAGGGAGUUUGCAAAGACCAUCAAGAGGCCAUUCUCAGUGCGCUACAACCCAUACACACAGAGCGUAGACGUUCUGAAGGACACAACCAGCAUCAACAACAUGGUAGAAGAACUAAGACAUGAGCUGGACAUCAUUGGAGAUGCACUAAACAGGCUAAACAAACAGUUAGGAGUCUGAAAAGC